GGAGCGAGGAGCUUCCUCGGGAUAGCAGUGGAAGAAAGCUGUACCGUUUGCCAGGACAUUCAAAAAGCACCGUUUCUCUUGAAACAAAUAACUGGGUAUUUUCUACUACAUUCACUUUCUUUGCUAGCUUGUAGCUUUUUGUUUCUUAAACACCACAAUAUUACUCAUCUUUUGCUAUUAAAAUAUUUACGUAUGUUUUUGAAGAUUCUUAUUUUCAUAGUAUUUAUUUAGAUAUUCAAAUAAAAUUAUAAAAAAAUGAAAAUGUAUUAGUUAUCUAGAAAUAAUCAAAUUCUAAUAAACUACGUAAUCUUUUCGUAUCUAUGACAUAUCUAAGAUUGAUGCACAUGCUAAUGAAAUUCAGAACAAUUAUACUUAAUUAAAGUAGCCCGAAUAAUCUAAUGUAUUUUACUUAUAGCGGUCUUAUUCGUUUUUUCUUCUUUGCUCAGAACUGCUGGAUGGUCCCUAACCUCGCUAUAACUCGUUUAGACUCGACUUCAUAGACGGUUUCUAACCCCGUGGUGCGUUCACGGUCUCGCCGUGACUGUAGUAAAGAAAGUACGGACAUAGGAAAAGUUAGAGAAGAUGCGGUGACGCGGCUGUGGAGAAGCCGGGCUGCAACUCUCGGUUCCGGGACUCUGACGUUAUGUUGUAACCGGUGUUUAGGGAUGAGAGCAGCGGGAGAAGGUUCAGAGAUGAUUCCAGGGCUUUCCCCAGCCUCCGAUGUGAAUUUUUAAGACCUCUUCAUUAGGUUUCUUCUCUUCUUUUACCGGAUCAUGUCUUUUUUAGUAAAGAAGAAGAAGUUUAAGUUUCAGGUGCACUUCACUCUGGAGGAGCUGACCGCGGUGCCGUUUGUUAACGGAGUGUUGUUCUGUAAGAUCCGGCUCGUUGAUGGGGGAGACUUUGCCACGCUAUCGUCCAGGGAGGAGGUUCUACAGAACUGUGUGCGAUGGAGGAAGAAAUUCUCCUUCGUGUGUAAAAUGAGUGCAAACCCAAUCACUGGUGUGUUGGAUCCAUGUAUCUGCAGGGUAUCUGUACGAAAGGAGCUGAAAGGAGGGAAGGCCUUCUCAAAGCUCGGCUUUGCCGACCUUAACAUCGCAGAGUUCGCAGGAUCAGGCUCAACAGUUCGCUGCUGCAUCUUGGAGGGCUACGACACGAAAAACACACGACAGGACAACUCCGUACUCAAGGUGAUGAUCGGGAUGACGCUUCUGUCUGGAGAUCCCUGCUUUAAAACGCCACCCAGCACGGCCAAAUCUGUGAGUAUCAGUACCGAGGACCCCAACCUGCAGCUGGACCGCAAGGGAGAGAGCACUGAUACCACAGCACUGCCACUGGGGGGCGUCGUGGAAGGAUGCCGUAGCUUUAAACCCCGACAGUCGUCAGUACGGAGCACAGGUCUGCCCGAAGGAGGAGGAAGUCCAGAUGACGUCUUCCACACUCGUCAUGUCCGCAGCUCCAGCUACGCCAGCCAACAUAGCAGGAUAUCAGGCUACAGCACAGGUAAUUCCCGGAGCUCCAGCCUGACCGACCUCAGUCACCAGAGGAACGCCUCCAACAGCAGCAGCGCCUCCUGUGGACUCGUGCACUCCCCCCAGUUUUCACCCUCCACCCCCACUGAGCCCCGCAGGCAGGCUACGCCGACCAAACCAGAGAGGCCUCCACCGCCCUCUGCUGCUGCCCUAAAGUCCAGCAGAUCCUCCAGAAGGAAGAACGACGCUGUGGAGAGACAGCCCAGCUGUGUGGACGACACUCGCAUCGACGCCGACGACAUUGUGGAGAAGAUCGUUCAGAGCCAGAACUUUUCUGACAACAGCAACAACGAAGACAGUAACCUGCGACUGUUCGUUAGCAAAGACGGGACCACUGCGCUCAGCGGGACGCAUGCUAACAGUGGAACGCCUGGAACGUUUGAGCCGGUGGUCAUCGAGAGUCACUGAGACACAGACGCCCACUGUGGACCUGAUCGUUACUCCGAUGCAGUUAGUGUACUUCCUCCGAUAUUUUCUAACUGAGCCUUGUGAGAUAAAAAACCAGACAUGUCUGUACUGACUCACCAGCACAGACACCAGAAAGUCUUUCCUUCUGUGUGGGAGGCUAUUCAAAGUUCUCCACUCCACCAUGAGCAUUUCUCCAGUGGGUGUGUGUCUAACAGGCCCUUCGUUGCAGCGCACAGUGGAAACAAAUGGUAUUAUAAGUAGUCAUCCAUCCAUCAGUAUGUCCGUUCUCACAGGGGAGACGUUGACACGUUAAACGAAGCUGAGUUUUUAGGUGAGGAACGGGAUCCAGACCCAGAACCUCUUCUGUUUGUGAAGGUAGUUCUCCAUUUGGCCUUCGCUGACAAGUUACUACUCGUGCUCUACUGUUCCUAGUCAAUUAUGUCAGAGCUGGUCUCUGAGUCAUCCAAAAAUGUUUUAUGUAACCUUUGUUUACCGAACGAGGGGUCAUCAGAAACACACCCGCUGAACCAACAACCCACACCUUUACUUGAACUUUAACCUAAAGAAAACACUGCAGUUUGACAGAGAGGGAUGUAGUACAACACUGAAACAGGAUGCUGCGUUCAGGGUCACCUCGUCAAAUCUUACGUUUUCUUCCUCCCGUCUGCAAAAUUCCCUGUCAACAUGGGUCGUGUUCUUCACUCGUUCGUAUAACAGUCUGUUUCACAUGCUCCAUGUCACAUGACCAGAGACCGUGUAUAAGGAAGUGAAGGUGAUUUAUUUGUGACACAGCCCACCACAAAAUGUGUCCUCUGUCUCUACCCCAUCACCUUAAUGAGCAGGGGGCAGCUCAAGCUAAGCGCCCAUGGAGCAGUGUGUGGGGACGGUGUCUUGCUCAGUGCACCUCAGUGACACCUGGCGGCUGGUGGAUUCAAACCUGCAACCCUCCAGACACCAGUUGGUUUACUUAACCGCCAGCCACCACUGCCACAAAGGACAUAGCCUCCUGUAGCCAUGAGCGAAUCAAGGAGGUUUAAGGUAUUAUUUGGAAAACCUCAGUCCUUAAUUCAUUCUAAUAACGAAACAUAGCUUUGAUUCAGGAAAAUCGUAAUCCAAUCAUUUUCCACUAAUCGAUCGGUCGUUUCAACCCAUACUGCCCCUUUAAAACCUCAACCACACCGGUGGCAAAUGUUUGGUGACGGUGUUCUGCAAUGUUUUGACGAGGGUGCCCUGAACGCAGCACCAGAGCCAAGGAGCUCUGAGAGGACAGAGAUGUUCUCCAAACUCAACUGGAACAGAGGAGGGUUUGAUUCCUUCACUGUUUGGAUUCUGUGUCUUGACUCUGUACAGAAAUGCUUUAUUAGAAUUUUUAUUAUAUAAAACUAUAUGAUACUGAACUAUUUUGCACAUGUAUACGUACUUGUUAAAAACCACUAUGAGAGGAAAGGGUACGAUUGUCUAAACAAACACAUGGUAUUUUUUGUUGUUGUUAUUAUUAUUAUUUUUAUUUUAUUUUUAAAAUGCUGUUGUUUCUCAGACAGCAGCCGCUCUUCUGACCCCAAAAACCCUGUCGUCAUGUGGCUGUGCCAUAUGUGAUGUCCUGUCCCUGCACUUACGCACGUCAAGCUCUUUCACCCGGGAGGUCGAGGGUUUCGUCCCUAACAGCUCUCCAUUCAUGUUCUACUUUUAAUUUAGAAGUCUGUGGUAAAUGGUUUAAAAUAGAACAUAUUUUUUAUUUUAUGUAAAAUUCAAACAAAACGGCCCGUGAAUUCUGUGAACAUUUUCGUCAUAUGUCAACAAUGAAACACAUUUAGCAACCCUAAAAACAAAAUGAAACCAGGUGUUUCCAACAUCAGGAUUAAAUAUUAAAUAUAUUUGAAAUACAGUAUAAUUACACUCUUUUUACCUCGGGAAUCAUAAUCAAUUUCUUUUAGCUGUCCUCACUUGUGUGCUCUGGCGCCCCCACAAGGGAGGUCCACCUCACACCACCGAUUUAUGACAUCACUCAGUAUUGCAUACCAGGUACAUUGCCACCAGGUUUUUCAAUCCAAUCACGUUUCCAUCAUUGUUAGUGAAAUAACCUUCAUCCCUGGCUCUGAUUGGCUGUGGGGUGGGCUUGGAGCGUAAAUGCUAGGUUUAGAAGAACUACACUGAGAAGUCGUCGCCCACUUGUCCUGUCUGUUCCUGACACUGACAGUGAAGCAGCAGACCCCUCCGUCCCACAGCUGCAACACAAAGCUCCUCUUCUUCUCCACAACAAUAAACAACAGAGACUGACCUUCUGUGGACUGUGUUUGGGUGUGUGUGUAUGUGUGUGUCUGCAGUAACUGUGUGUGUAAAUGUGUUUGUUUGUGCGUGCGGGCCAUGCGUGUCUUCAGUCUGGUGCGUAAAGCCCCAGUGAACUCUGGGUAAAUCUUGCAUUAAACUUCUGUACUUGUGGACUUUUAACUGUUGUCUAAAGGUGUAGUUCAGGAGUUGUUUUUUUUUUUUAUGUGAGGGACUGGUACGACAAUAAUGACUUUAUCUUCCGUCAACCUUUUCAACAAGUACCUGCACCAAAUUCCAUAGAGAAAAGAAGUGAUUUUACAACAGAGCAGAAAAGUUGAUUAAAAUAUUGUUUUAAUGUGACUUCACUGAUUGAAAUCCCCAGAUUAGAUUUGUUUGUGUGGAAAAAAAACCUUUUCAUUUAUUUUUGAUAUUAUUUUUUAAAGAUUGUGGACUGCACUAAGGUCUAUUGAGAAAAUUUGUCAUUUAAAAUAAUUGUCAUAACAGGAAUUGUUAAUCUACUGCUGCUGUGAGUUUGUUUUUUUUUCAGUCCAUUUAAACAUUGGUCUUUUCUCUAUGGACAUCGGUGUGGUAGAACAAAUCUGAAAAACCACACAAAGAAUACACCUUUCACCUUUCCUCUCUGCAUUUGCCUACUUGUAACUCCUAGGCGGUUGAUGUAGAGUCAGUCGUAGAACUACACUACAAAGGAAAAACAAACAGUUUCUUUAAGGUUUUCAGUGUUGCCCACAGGAAUGUAUGUACAACCUAGCACUCCCUCUGACUCGUCCAUCGUCCAAUGUUACUUUGGUACUCUAGAUGGUUCUUCUUCACUGUCUCCAUACACGUACAUGGAAUAAAUUCCACACAGAAAACUCUGGUGACACGUCAACCUUCUAGAACCUUCAGCUUUUUUUUAUUUUAUUUCAUGACCAGCAGGCUGGUCUCAGGUCAGGGCAGGACGGUCCCAUUGAUGUGUGACUCUCUCUAAAAAUGAAAAAAAAAAAAAAAAAAGCACACUUCAUAGGGAACCAUGUGUCGGUGCAUUGUCUGUAACUGUGAUUUUUUUUUUCUACAGAUAGUAUAUAUAUACUGUAUAUAAAUAAAUGAUUAUUUUUUACUUUGCACUUGAUCAUACGCAGCCUGUGAUAUUCUGACAUUGUUCCAUUGUUGGUGAAAGGGAUUGUUGAAUCACAAUGGGAUAAUGAUGCAUUUUCUGGUCAUACUAAGAAUAAAAACCUCUCACUUUGGUUACUUAAUAAAGUCAGGUUACACUAAAGGGAUGUUCCGAGGCUUGUUAAAGGGUAAAAAUUAAAUGUACGUCAGAUUAACGUGUAUAAAUAAACACUGUAUGUUCUAAA